AUGUCUUCAAGACGUCCGAUCUAUCUGAACCCCGCUGCCGCCGCAGAGCGAUGCGACCAUCCAUCAUCUACCGGCGCAACUGAAUUUCACAAAUCACUCCCCAACUAUGCGCCAACUCCGUUGGUAUCCUUGCCAGAGCUCGCAACGGAACUGGGCGUCAAAGCCGUUUUUGUGAAAGACGAGAGCAACCGAUUUGGUCUACCCUCGUUUAAAGUUCUAGGUGCAUCAUGGGGAUGUUUCCGAGCCAUCGCGCAGACUCUCGGGCUCGAAUCGGACAAGGUCACCUUGGAUGAACUUUCGUUGAAGGCGAAGGCAAACUCGAUAUCUCUGGUUACUGCGUCGGAAGGAAACCAUGGACGAGCAGUUGCAUACAUGGCUCGGCUCCUGGGUAUCCAGGCUGAGAUAUUCGUGCCCCGGUCCAUGACCGAGGAGACAAAAAAUCGCAUUGCGUCAGAGGGAGCUCGAGUCUCUGUUGUCCAGGGAACAUAUGACCAGGCUGUGAAGUCUGCCUACGAAAAAGGCUUUGGUGAACAUGUGCUGUUGGUCCAGGAUACUGCUUUUGAAGGGUAUGAAGAUGUCCCUGCUUGGAUUGUGGAGGGGUACUCUACUAUGUUGGAAGAGACCGAGGAACAGCUGUCUCAGCUUGGCCUAUCUGCUAGCAUGAUGGUCACACCUGUUGGCGUUGGCAGUCUUGCUCAUGCUGUAGCAAAACAUUGCAAGUCAAGGCAGAUGACCAUGGUCGCUGUUGAACCCGACUCAGCUCCCUGUCUGUCUUCUAGCCUCCAUGCUGGGAAGUCGAUUGCUGUUGAAACAUCGGCUACCAUUAUGGACGGUAUGAACUGUGGAACUGUGUCGACUACAGCUUGGCCGAACUUGCAGCGCCUUGUCGAUGCCUGUGUAACCGUUUCGUCGUAUGAGAGUCACCGCGCGGUUCAGUAUCUGACUUCCAACUCGGUCCAUGCUGGUCCAUGUGGUGGAGCGUCACUGGCAGCAGUACAGCGCCUUGCUCAAGAAGCGUCUUCGUUAUUGAACGAACAAUCUGUGGUAGUUCUACUCAGCACCGAAGGCGCACGACCCUACCCGAUCCCCAAGGAUGUAUCGGUAGAAGACGCCGUGAGCCUAACGCAGGUGCUCACUCAGAUAGACUCUUCUAAUCCCACUCUAUCCGUGAGCGGAGGAGCAGGCGAAAGCGAGAUCGCCGACUACCUAUCGGCCUGGUUUGCUCACCGUGAUAUUGAGUUCCACCGCAUAGAGCCCGUCUCAGGUCGACCCUCUGUCGUUGGUGUGCUCCGUGGCAGCGGAGGAGGAAAGUCGCUCAUGUUCAAUGGGCACGUUGAUACAGUUAGUAACUCAAGCUACGAGCAAGGCGUGGAUCCCUUAUCCGGAGCUAUUGGAAUGAAAAAUGGAGAACAAGCAAUCUUUGGACGUGGUUGUCUAGACAUGAAAGGUGGCGUAGCGGCCUCUCUCGCGGCGCUAGCUGCAAUCAAGGCUAAAGGUCCUGACCAUCUGCCUCGAGGAGACAUCAUCAUCGCUGCUGUCUCGGAUGAGGAAGAUGCCUCCCAGGGAACCCAGGACUUGAUAGCUGCUGGAUGGCGGGCGGAUGCUGCAGUAAUCCCCGAGCCAACGAUGGAAGUCAUUGUGACUGCGCAUAAGGGAUUCGUAUGGGUGGAGGUUGAUAUUUUGGGUGUUGCUGCGCACGGUUCCAUGCCUUCCUUGGGACAAGAUUCCAUCAUUCAUGCCGGGUGGUUCCUGCAGGCCCUCGAGGAGCAUCAGCUACAGCUACCGGAGGAUGAUCUUUUGGGCCAAGCAUCGUUGCAUUGUGGGUUGAUUCGAGGAGGUGAAGAGCCAUCGUCUUAUCCCGGGAAAUGCACAAUCACUGUUGAAUUCCGCACCAUUCCUGCCCAAUCUGAGGAGUCUAUUCUGGAAGAUGUGCGUGUGCUUCUCCGCAGUGUGUCGGAGAAAAAGCCCCAAUUUCAAUAUGAUGAACCUCGCAUCACUAUGUCGCGUCCGACAACAAAGCUUUCACGGGAUCAUCCCUUGGUGCAGAAGGCAGUUGCUUGUUCGACUCCGAUUCUGGGACGAGCUCCUUCGCUUGGAAUUGUUCCAUUCUGGUGUGAUGCGGCCUUGUUAGCGGAAGUUGGUAUUCCAUCAAUUGUAUUUGGGCCUGCUGGAGAAGGGCUCCAUAGCAAAGAAGAAUGGGUGAAAGUGGCUAGUCUGAGGCAUAUGGAAGAGAUAUUCAUCAACUUGGCACAGGACUUUUGCUCCUGA